AAGGUUUACACCAUUGAAAAUCAAUUUUUAUUAGUUUAGUGUUCUAAAAUCUCCAAGGGAAACGAUGUUUGUUUACUUUGCUCAAAAUGUGACUAAUACUUUUCCAAAUUAAUCGUGCAUAUAACCAAUACCGACAAAGUUGAGUUAUGAAUUCCAGAAGACUAGAAAAAGGGAUAUACCAAGAAAAUGUAGACGAGCGAUCUUCUUUUAAAACUAAUUUAAUUCAACCAGUUUCCACAAGCAAUUCAGAUGCAGGAGUUGAAGAAGAAAUUAGUUUUAAUAAAUUUUUAAAUUUCAUGAAAGUUUCUUGUCACGUAAAUGAUGUUAUAUCAGUGCAAACUAAUCAACAAAGACAAUUGGGGAAAAAUAUAUCAGAAGAUUUUCAUUCAGUUAUCACGAAUGAUGGAUACAAUUUAGAAAAUAUGAUGAAGGCUAUGAAGGAUAGCGGCCAUUGUAAUAAUAGUUCUAAAAUUGAUGAAGAACUUUUUCAAAGACGAAGCACUGUUGAGUUGGCUAUUGGACUAAUGCAGGGCGAAAAUGUGCAGGCGAAAUUAUAUAAAAAAUUGGACUACAUUGUAAAUGAAGGCAUGGUUGACUCAGUGCUUUCUUUCAUUUGUCCAAUACCAGUGCCAGCAUCCUUUCCACGUUACAUGAAACCUAAACAUAAAAAAGAACUAUUUAUUUCUAAAGUUACUUCUUUGGACAACUCAGAGUCUGUAUAUAAUUGCAACACCAAAAUUAACGAAAUUGAAAGCAGUAUUGCAACAAAUGGACCCCAUUGCCAAAUAAUUCAGGAUGAGGUCAAGCCUAUAAGGAAGCUAGUGACUUUAAAAAGAGAUAAAAAAGAACCAGAAGUUGUUAUUCAUGUUUGCGACGAGGAUAAAAAUUCUAACCGAGAUUUUAGUUGUUCGCAGAGGCUACUAGUAAACCAAAUGGGAUACUUUGCGGAGGUAACAGCUGGACAAAAACUUGAUGAAAUGGACAUUUCGGUUCAUUGCGACAUACAGAUAUUCGACUGGCUGAUAAAGUGGAUGAAAUUAACAGAUUCUGCAGAAGCCUCUGGUUUUAGAAAAACUGAAUUUGAAGGCCCGGAAGGUUUACCACAUUUAGAUGCGAAUAAUGUGAUUUCGAUAUUGGUAUCUGCCGGAUUUUUACAAAUGGAACCGUUAGUGAUUGAAUGUUUAUCAUUUUGUCAUGCCCGGCUCUGCGACGUUGUACGUUCCUCUAUAAAUCUUUCUCGCUUGAAUGACUCUAUAAUUACACGUCUGGCAGCUAUGUUUACGAAUUUGGAACUGGAAAUGGUACGUGACAAAAAAGAACGUCUAGCACCACGUCUGUGGAUAAAACUUAUUCAAAGCCUUUGUGAACCAGAGCCGGAAGCGUUGCGGGGGCAUUUUUACAGUUUGGCAGGAUUGUUUCGCUGUUCAAAGUGCGGUGAACAUCUUACAAACACAUUUAGGUCAUAUAUAGCUUGUCAACCAAACAACACGCGAUUAACUCGAUGGGGUCAACUUAGCAGUGGCCAUGUACGUGACAGUUUAUGGAACAUAAAUAAUUUUAUCGCACAUAUUUUUAAGGAGCGUCGGUCCUGGCGCCAUGUUUAUUGGAAACUUUGGGGCCAUUGCCACUUUCUAUAUUGCUGUAUAUGUGAAAGGCACUUUCCAGUUUAUAAGAUGACAUGGUGUCGUUUUCACCCAUCAAGUCCAAAUUAUCUUGAAUCAAUUACGGAAGACUUCAUUACUAGUCCUAUAGGCCGGUAUCCAUGUUGUGGGAAAAAGGCAUAUCGUUUUGAAGUAUUUCCCGAGGCAAAUGGAUGCCAAUUUCGUGAUCAUAGUGUAGUAGCUGAAAACGAACGUGAACGACAAAUAUUGCAAAUAAUGAAAGUUAUAUAUAAAGAUGGCAUUAUUUGCGAUCCUCCAGCUGAAGAUGUUUUAUCGGCACGUAUCACACCAUGUUGGAUAGGUUUACCACUUACUCCACAACACUGUCGUCAAGGAUUAUUGCCUAGUAUGAAUGCUGGCGAACUAACUAAACAAAUUGUCAGACGACUGGGCCAAGAUGGAACCUCCUUCAUUGAUGAGUCUUGCAGUGACUGCAGCGAUAGCGAUUCAACAACGGAGAAUACCGACCGUUUAAUUCAGAAAGACAACAGGAUUUACUACGAAAUUGAGUUCAGUAGUGACGGUUGCGAAUCAGAACAAACCGAGUUAGAGGCUUUGCGCAUAAAAAAAUUAAAAAAAAAGCCCAGCCAUAACUCUGGACGAUAUUGGUGUGGAGAACUUUCUGCACGGAGUAACCAAGAUCAUCAGCGAGAAUAUGAAGAAAAGGCUAUAAAAAACAUGAUUCUUCGAAUGAAUAAAAAUAACGGAUUAGAGCAAAAUCUUCUUCCAGGUGGCCCUGUCGGUGGUUUUUACGUGCGUUUGGAAACCGAAUGGAGAGACCAAUUAAAACAUAGAAGUUUACCAAAUCUUACAAACAGUUUCUCAAUUUCUGGGUUCGGAAAGUUUAAAUAUAAAUAGAGCAACUGAAUGUUUUAAUCCUCAAUUAA